GUGUGCUAGGGCUUCUUUAAACUAUGAACAUUGCUGCGCCUUCUCUUGAUAGUUGAUUACCUGCGGCGGCUUAAACCCUCUUCUCUCUCUCUGUUCUUCUACCGCCGAUGUCUCCUUCCUCAACUCCCGGAUCCUCGAGGAUCAUCCGUGAAGACGCUGGCCGUGCCGUCGACGCCCUUCUAGGGUUCCUACGCGCGAGAGCCAAGCAGAGCAAGGCUCAGCUUUUCGAGCAUGAUGAUUUUCUCUACCUCCAUUUAAGCGUCCGCCGCUUCCCCUCCACGUCUCGUCUCAAUCCCUACCGCAUUCCUCUACCACACUCUCUCCAUCCUCUCGACCCUUCACGCACCUCUCUCUGUCUCAUCGCCGACGACUCCCUCGCUGAGACCGCCAGAUCCACCGCAGCCGCUGAGAAACUACCCUUCGAUUCCGUUAUUCCCCUUUCCGAGCUCCGAACAGACUACGUACCCUUCGAGUCUCGCCGCCGGCUCUGCGACUCGUACGACAUCUUCUUUGCCGAACGCCGCAUCAUUACUCUUCUUCCCCGCUUUAUCGGUAACUAUUUCUUUAAGAAGAAGAAGAUCCCUCUCGCCGUCAAUAUCUCCCGGCCUGGCUGGCCGGAGGCUGUUCGACAGGCGUGUAGAUCUACGCUUUUAUUCCUUUCUUCUGGAACUGGUAUUGGGAUGAAAGUGGGGAGGGUGUCCAUGGAUCGAGAGGAGAUCAUAGAUAAUUUGAUGGCUGCAAUUGAGGGCGCAGUAAAUCAUGUGCCAAAGAAGUGGGCAAACAUUAGGUGUAUGUAUAUCAAGGCGGUGCAAUCUGUGGCGCUGCCGAUCUAUCAGGUGGUUCCUGAAAUGGGGAUGAAGAUUGAGGUAGGUUCAAGGGAUAAGGCCCAGCCUUUAGAUGGAAUGGUUGUUCAAGAGAGGGAUGGAAAGAGUGGAGCGAAGAAGGAGAAGAGUAGGAAGAAGCGAGUGGGGUCAAAGAAGGGGAGGGGAAGGAUUCACGAUGUGGAUUAUGUAGGUGGCGAACUUGUGGAUUGCAUUGAAGAUGAAAAUGAAGAAGUUGCAGAUGAGCAGGAAAAUGAUGAGUUAGGAAUGGAGAAGAAGAAGAAGAAGAAAGAUGGGAAAGGUAAGCUGAUAAAGGGUAAGAAGCGUAGGACAGCUGCUAUUGAUAAGGAUGAAGGUGAAGAGAAAGAAAGUGGUGAUCAGUUCAUUGAGUUAGAUACUGGGAGAAAGAUGCGAAAGAGGGCAAAGAAGAUUGUGAAUUCUGAGGUGGAAGAACAUGAUAUAAACGAUGGUUUGACAGUUGAUGCUAUUGUUACAGCAGUUGAAGUUGAUCAUGGUGAUAAGAAGGAGCUUCUGCUGAAAAAGAAAAUGAAGAGCAAAGGUAAGAAAGGGAAAAAGGUUAGUCUUCAUGGAAGCAAUGAGGAUCAGGAAAAUGUUGGGGCUGAUGGGGAGGCAAAUGUGAAGAAUGUGGAUGCUGCUAUUGCAACUUCUGUCGGUGAUGAUGAUGAUGAUGAUCAUGUUGAUGUUCAUAUUUCAAAUGUGAAGAAAAGUGCGAAGAAUAAUGAAAAGAUUGGCAAAGAGAGGAAAGUCAGGAAGGCAAAGAAGACCAAAUUAAGGCAUUAGGGAAAUGAGUUAGAAAUUGAAGAAGAGAGAGAUAUAUGAAAGCAUCUAUGCCAUCUCAAUGGUUGUUGAAUAUCCCACUAAUGUGCUUACAUAAAGCUAUUAUUAUCCUACUCUUGAUUCCUGAUGCAUAUGAAAUUUUGUUCUCAAAUUCAUUUACCUGCAUCAAAAUUUUGAUUUGAUUUUGUUCAUUUCUUAGUAAGGAUUUUUGUUUGUGACAAAAAGUUUCUUAGCUAUCUGCUUCCGGGAAAAUGACAACAUUCAUAUAUGAAUAAUAUUUGCUGCCUUCAGGUAUGUGGUUCUUGAUUUGUCAUGUAAUUAUAUUUAAAUAGUGUGAUGCUCUCAUUACAUUA